CCGCUCCACAUUUGACCGGUGAGGCGCGUCCGCCACUGAUUCCCCUUGCCAGCCCCAUUCUGACUCUGUAACCAUCCGGGCCCCACCGCCAUGGGCUGCUUCGAGGAGGAGGGCAGCUGGAACCUGUCCUUUUCGGGCGCCGCCUUCUUGGGCCUCUACCACGUGGGUGUAACCCACUGCCUGACUGAGCGCGCCCCGCGCCUCCUCCAGGGCGCCCGUCGGUUCUACGGCUCCUCGUCUGGGACACUCAACGCCCUCUGCAUCCUCUUGGACGAAUCGAUUGAGUUCUCCUGCUCCCAGCUCCUGGACCUGGUCAAGCAGGUGGAACAGCUGAGCCUGGGCGUCUUGCACCCCGCCUUCGCACCCAUCGAACACGUCAGGCAGCGGCUGCAGGACUUUCUGCCUGCCAACAUCCACAUCCUGGCCUCCCAGCGGCUGGGCGUCUCGCUGACCCGCUGGCCUGACGGCCACAACGUCAUGAUCACCGACUUCGCUUCCCGCGAUGAGGUCAUCCAGGCCGUGCUCUGCUCCCUGUACUUUCCUUUCUACUGCGGGAUUAUCCCUCCCGAAUUCAGAGGGGAGCGCUACUUCGACGGGGCUCUGAGCAACACCUUGCCGUUCGCGGACUGCCCCAACACCAUCACCGUGUCGCCUUUCCACGGGACAAUGGACAUCUGCCCCCCGAGCAUGUCGGCCAGCAUGCACGAGCUGAACGCCUGCAAUGCCAACUUCCAGAUCUGUACCGACAACUUCUUCUUGGGGCUCAUCUGCUUCACACCCCCCAACCCUGAGAUUGUGGCUGACAGCUGCAGGCAAGGCUACUUGGACGCCCUGAGGUUCCUGGAGAGACGCGGACUCACCAAGGAGCCAGUGCUGUGGACGCUGGUGUCUAAGGAGCCCCCAGCCCCAGCUGAUGGGACCCGGGACGCUGGUCAUGACCAAGGCCAGGAGGCAGGCCUGUCGCUCAACUGGGCAGUACCCAAUGUGCUGGUGAAGGACGUGCCCGACUUUGAGAAGGUCUCGCCAGAGCUGGAGGCUGCACUGAAGAAAGCAUGUAUGAGGGACCCCAGACCCUGGGCCCGCUUCUGCCGGUCGAGGCCUGGCCGGGCAUUGACAUACCUGCUGCUGCCCUGCACGCUGCCCUUCGAGUACGUCUACUUCCGGAGCAAAAGGUUGAUGCUGUGGCUGCCUGAUCUGCCGGCAGAUUUGUGCUGGAUGCAGGGGGUGCUGAGGAGCCUGGCCCUCGGGGUCUACUCCAGGACGAAGGACCAGCUCGUCGGGCUGGUCAAGCCUGCGGGGCACGAGCCCCCUCUAGCCCAAGGCAGUUCCUCCUGUGCUGUUGGCCAAGAAACCCAGACCUGCCCGCCCAUAAGUCCUGAAGGCCACCAAGCUGGACCAGCCCAGUGACUGACCUCUCCUGACCCAUCUUUGUCCUCUGUGCCCACAUCUGCCCUCUUGAGUGAGGCCCGGAUGUGAUUUGCCUUCGGGAGCUCAGUGCCCAGCCCUUGGCCCAGGGUGGGCACUGGAAUUGUCCGAAUGGAGGACUGACGGAACAGCCUCUCAUUUUCCCUCCCGGACUCUUGUCUCAGACAGUGUGGGCAGGUGGCCCUCAGGAGCCAGAGGAGGCCCCACCGGCCCCUUUGGAGCCCCUGCUCCUUGGAGCCAGUUCCCUGAGGUCUGGGUACUUCUUUUUUGGGGAGAGGCCCAGCCUGUUGGUAUUUUCUAGGUUGCUGUGUGCCCAGGUCACCCUGCCCCUGUCUCAUCGGAGGGAGAAAGGAAGGCAGGAGCUGAAAUUCCUGGUUCCGGAAUUUCCAAAUGGGGGAUUUGGGAGCAGCAUCUGCUGAGAAGGGGGGUUCCAGCAAUCGUGUAGAGCUGUGUACAGAGUGCUUUACCGAAGAUGGAGAAUAUGCUCAUAUCAGAGACUGGGGAGCAACUGGAAAUGAUGGGGUGAUGUGCCUCCCUUCAGAUCCUUUCUCUCACGAUCUCUGUCCUGCACCAGCCCUCGGGAAUGAGCCUCACGGUCUGCCUCACUCCAGCAACCUUGAUCUCUGACUUCCUACUGGGUCCAUCCAGUGGGAGCCCCUCUCAGGAGAUGGGGGGUGUGUGGGGAGAGAUGAAAGGAAUUAAAGUCUUUGCAGAAUUCCAGCUG